GUAGGUUGAAAUGCCGCCAAAGAAGCUAGCUGCCAAGGUUGCUGGACUGACAUCCUCCAGUUCUAAGAUACAGUCUCAAAGCAAGGUCUCAAGAAGAGGAAAAGAUGAUGAUGAAUCAAGAAUGGGAGAUGAAGAUGAUGAAUGGAUGCAGCCCAAGAUAUUGAUGAAACCUGAUGACCAAUUAGAUCUUAAUGCCGAAGAGUUAAAGGAGGAGUUUACUCGUAUCCUGACUGCUAAUAAUCCUCAUGCCCCAAACAACAUCGUACGGUACAGUUUUAAAGAAUGUUGCUACAAGAUGAAGAUGGGAGUUGAUCAGCUUGCUAUACAUUUCUCUAUGGAUGGCAACAUGCUCCACAAAGAAUCUGAUGAAGGCAAACGUCAGCUUACUCGUCUAGGUCUAGGUGAUGGUCCCAGUGAGCAAAACCUAAGUGAAAUGGAGAUUCCUGCCGAAGAAGAUCUUGAAGUGGAAGUCGAGGGAGAAGAAGCAGAAAAAGAUGCUCCUAAAGAGGUUACCGUAACUAAGGCUCCAGAGGCAGCUGCUCUUCGUAAUCAGUUCAAUUACAGUGAAAGAGCUUCUCAAACUUUCAAUAAUCCAUAUCGAGAGAGAGGUACAUCAACUGAACCUCCUCCAAGAACAAACUUUUCUUCAACUGCCAACCAAUGGGAGAUAUAUGAUGCUUAUGUCGAAGACUUAGAGGCUCAAGAAAAAGCUAAGGAGAAGAAAAAGGACAAAGAUGAAAAGGAUAAAAAGAGUAGAGCAAUCAUUCUUGAACCAACUUCUGCAGAUGAGAUAUUCACACGGAUUGGAAAACCUGCCAAAAUUGUUGAGAGGAUGGUAAAUCAAAAUACACAUGACGAAAUUGCUCAAGAUUUCAAAUAUUGGGAAGAUCAAUCUGAUGAGUUCAAAGGCAAUGAGGGAACUCUAUUACCACUCUGGCCUUUCAGAUCAGAGAAAGGCAAGAAGUUCUCAGUCACAGCAGUUGUAUUCAAUCCCAUAUAUGAUGAUAUGUUUGCUGUGGCUCAUGGAAGUUACGAUUUCCUCAAACAGAGCUCUGGACUUAUCUGCAUUUACUCCCUCAAAAAUCCUUCCUUCCCUGAAUUUACUUACACAACAGACAGUGGUGUCAUGUCUCUCGAUUUCCACCCAGAACACCCUUACCUUAUUGCUGUCGGCUAUUAUGAUGGAGCGGUUGCUGUGUAUAAUCUCAGAGAGAAAAACAAUACACCUGCUUUCCUAUCUUCAGCUAAGAGUGGUAAACACACUGAUCCUGUUUGGCAGGUAUACUGGCAGGAGAAUGAUUUAGACAAUCAGUUGAACUUCUUCUCAAUUUCUAGUGAUGGUCGAGUUACAUGCUGGAGCCUUAUCAAAAACGAGCUGCAAGGUACAGACAUUAUUCUCAUCAAAAUGCAACCAGACAACGAUGCUGACAGUGGUGUAGGAAUGGACCUUGCUUGUGGAACUUGCUUUGAUUUCCACAAAUCGACUGAUUAUUUGUUCUUAGUAGGAACCGAAGAAGGAAAAAUCCAUAAGUGUAGUAAGCACUACAGUUCUCAGUUUUUGGACACAUACGAUGCUCAUCACAUGGCAGUUUAUGCUGUGAGAUGGAACAACUUCCACCCCAGAGUAUUUGCUAGUUGCAGUGCUGACUGGACUGUGAAAAUCUGGGACCACAAUUACAGUGAACCCAUGUUCACGUUCGAUCUUGGAAGUUCUGUUGGUGAUGUUGUUUGGUCUCCAUACUCAGCUACCGUAUUUGGAGCUGUUACUGAUGAUGGUCAAGUACACAUCUUUGAUCUCAGUCAGGAGAAGUAUGAGCCUUUAUGUCAACAAUCUGUUGUUCAGAAGAAGAAAACGAAAGUCAAUCACCUUGCUUUCAAUGCGCAUUAUCCUAUCAUUGCUGUUGGUGACGACAGAGGCAACGCUAUGACUCUAAAGCUCAGUCCAAAUCUGAGGAAGGCUGUCAAAGACAAGUCAUACUCAAAAGAAAAUGAGAUUGCAAAAAUGGAAAAACUUCUAGAGCUUGUUCGAGAACCUACAUCCAAAUAGACUAGGUUUGGUUGUUGGCGAAUUUUUGGUGCCCGACAGUAAACAUCCACUUCAGCUCUCGGGUAUUAUAAGAUGAAAGAAUUGAGGAAAUUUUAGCAUAUAUCACAGAGAACAAUGAUGUGAUAAUUGCUGUUAAAGUUAAACCAAUUUUUGUGACUAUUCUAUUUUGAUAAAAUGAUCUGCUAGGCUAAUUAAUAGAAAAUCUAUUAAUAGAUAAAUUUCUGUAUUAUGCUGCACAAGAACUCUGAUUAUCGGUUUGCUUAUUAAAGGUGAAAAAGUUAAAUCCAUAUUAAACCACUCAAUUUAUUUGAUAAUUUGCAUGAUAAUAAUAAUGGGUUGAAUGCAAUAAACAAUGCUCAAGUACUAAAACCUAAUUUUUGAAGUAAAACUAACAUGUGUCAUAAUAUGGUUGUGAGUUUUAUUACUAAUUGAGUGUUCCUAAAGCAAUUUUAAAAAUUUAAACCGUUUGUUUUGUUUUGUUUUCUAUAAUUUCUCAACAAAUUAUCAUCUAGAUAAGCCAAUUUUUGUUAUAAAUUAUGUCCAAUUUAUGUAAUCGCUCGAGGCAAAAUUUCCUACAUUUUUACUCAA